GGCAGCAUUUCGUCCAUCUCGGCCCGAGGCUCAUCAACGCCGCCGCCGCUCUCGGCCGCCUCCUUCCGAAUGUGGGGGGGCCGGGAUCGCUAUGCCGGCGUCUUUAUUCCGGCGUAGUGAGGUCGAUGGCGCUGUACGGUGCCCCGAUCUGGGUCGACGCCCUCACCGCUGACAAUCGGGCCCUGCUGCGGAAGCCGCAGAGGGUCAUAGCGGUGAGAGGCAUCAGAGGGUACCGUACGGUGUCGUGGACUGCGGCGACACUUCUCGCGGGCGAUCCGCCUUGGGAGCUCCAGACGGAGGUGCUCGCGGAGGUGUACCGGUUCCGGGUCGAGGCGAAGAACCGCGGCGACCGUCCAGGGUCGGCGGAGGUCGGGCGGAUCAGGGCUCUAGCCCAGCAAGCCCUGAUCGCCCGAUGGCAGGAGGAUCUGGGGUCACCCACGGCGGGCCUGGCGACAGUGGAGGCGAUCCUCCCCACUUGAGUCGCUGGGUCGAAAGAAAGAAGGGCACACUCA